UUGACAUCGCCGGGUGCCACCAAAGGAGCCUUUGAACCAUGUGGACUUUUCUUGGCCUUGCCACUUUCACCUAUUUUUAUAAGAAAUGUGGGGACAUCAUCACUUUGGCCAACAAAGAGCUCUUGUUGUGCGUGCUGGUGUUCCUUUCGCUGGGCCUGGUGCUCUCCUACCGCUGUCGCUACCGAAGCGGGGCCCUCGUGGGGCGCCAGCAGAGUGGGUCCCAACUGGCAGUUUUCUCCAAUAUAUUGUCAGCCUUGCCUUUCAUUGGUUUCUUCUGGGCCAAAUCACCCCCUGGAACAAAAAAUAAGGAGCAGCUCAGGUCUAAGAGGUGCAGAAAAGGAACCAGUAUUUCAGAAACUACCUUAAUAGGAGCAGCUGCCUCUACCUCGGUAUUUUCUCAAAAUGAUCCAGAAGUUAUCAUCGUGGGAUCUGGUGUACUUGGCUCUGCUUUGGCAGCAGUGCUCUCCAGAGAUGGAAGAAAGGUGACAGUAAUUGAGAGAGAUUUACAAGAGCCUGAUAGGAUAGUUGGGGAAUUCCUGCAGCCAGGUGGUUAUCAUGCCCUGAAAGACCUUGGUCUUGGAGAUACAGUGGAAGGUAUUGACGCCCAGGAUGUACAUGGCUACAUAAUUCAUGAUCGGGACAGCAAAUCAGAUGUUCAGAUUCCUUACCCUGUGUUAGAAAACAAUCAAGUGCAGAGUGGAAGAGCUUUCCAUCAUGGAAGAUUGAUCAUGAGUCUCCGGAAAGCAGCUAUGGCAGAGCCCAAUACACAGUUUAUUGAGGGCAUUGUGCUGCAGUUAUUAGAAGAAGACGAUGCUGUGGUUGGAGUUCAGUACAGGGAUAAAGAAACCGGAGACAUCAAGGAACUCCAUGCUCCAUUGACUGUUGUUGCAGAUGGACUUUUUUCCAAGUUCAGGAAAAACCUGAUCUCCAACAAAGUUUCUGUUUCAUCUCAUUUUGUUGGCUUUCUUAUGAAGGAUGUACCGCAGUUUAAAGCAAAUCAUGCUGAACUUGUUUUAGUGAAUCCAAGUCCAGUUCUCGUCUACCAGAUAGCAUCAAAUGAAACUCGAGUACUUGUUGAUGUUCGAGGAGAAUUGCCAAGGAAUUUAAGAGAAUACAUGACUGAAAAUAUUUACCCACAAUUACCUGAUCAUUUGAAAGAACCAUUCCUAGAAGCCAUCCAGAAUUCUCGUUUGAGGUCGAUGCCUUCAAGCUUCCUGCCUCCUUCACCAGUAAACAAACAAGGUGUUCUUCUUUUGGGAGAUGCAUAUAAUAUGAGGCAUCCUCUUACUGGAGGAGGAAUGACUGUUGUUUUUAAUGAUAUAAAACUAUGGAGAAAAUUGCUAAAGGGCAUCCCUGACCUUUAUGAUGAUGAAGCUGUUCUGCAGGCCAAACAGUCAUUCUAUUGGACAAGAAAAAGGUCUCAUUCCUUUGUUGUGAAUGUCCUUGCUCAGGCUCUUUAUGAUUUUUCUGCAAAAGAUGAUACCCUACUUCAACUCAGAAAAGCCUGUUUUUUUUAUUUCAAACUUGGUGGAGAAUGUCUUAUGGGACCUGUUGGGCUAAUUUCUGUACUGUCACCAAACCCUCUAAUUUUAAUCGGACACUUCUUUGCUGUUGCAGUCUAUGCCACAUAUUUUUGCUUUAAAUCGGAACCUUGGAUUACGAAACCCCGAGCCAUUUUCAGUAGUGGUGCUAUAUUUUACAAAGCGUGUUCUGUGAUGUUUCCUCUAAUUUACUCAGAAAUGAAGUACUUGGUUCAUUAAGCUUAAAGGGGAAGCAUUUAUGAAUGAAUUUUUGGAACUCAUGAAGUCCUGAGAGACUUUUGGAAGAGGAUUUAUUCAGCAUAGUACUAUAUACCACUUUUAAAAUGGAAACUCUUGGACCAAGAAUAGGAUUAAUUUGUUUUUGAAGUUAUUUGAUAUAAACAUGUAAAAUAUACUUUAAUUUGCAAUUUAAGAUGAAGGUCAAGUAAGAUAGACAUGUGAAAGAAAUGAUUGUUACCAUAAAAUAGUGAUAAUCCUGAGAAGUUUUUCUUUUGAAUUUGAUAUUCAGGAUGAGUCAUUGUGGGACAUACAAAUAAAAUGAAGAAUUAACCUUAA